CCCGGCCCAGCGUGGCGGCACAGCUUGAACCAAGAGCGUGGGGGCCACGAGCUCUCCGCACAAGCAAGCCCGUGCGCGCCCUAACGGAAAAAGUAACGGAAGAAGUAACGUUCCCACUCCGCUUAACCGGCAGCGGGGACGGAGAGCUUACGUGCUCUGGUUUUGUCCCGACUUAUCCCGACUUUCUGCGGCAGAGCAGCGGGCAGACGAAAAGGCUCACUCCUCCGCCGCCCUCUGACAGGGCGGGGGGGCGGGCUGCCCGCCGUGCUGUUUGCAUUCAAAAUCUCCCGGCGGGUAUGGCUUUCUCUCGUUUCAUCCUUCUUCGGCCGCAGAGAGGAGCAGCUGUUCGCUGGCCUGCAGGGCUCGCCGCGGCUGAGGGUGGCGAGGCUGCCGCCCCGCUUGCAGCUAUGGAGGCUUCCGGAAGGUCCUUCAGCCUGAGUGGCGUAAGACGGCGCAUGCGAGGGAAGAAAAACGGUGCUUUGAGGACUGCGAAGUUGAAUGCCUCGCUUGUGUCAAAAAUCAAAACCAAAAUAAUUAACAACUCCUCCACUAUUAAAGUCUCCUUAAAGCACAACAAUAAAGCACUGGCCCUGGCUCUCAAUGCAGAGAAAGCCAAUGCACAGCGGCUCACCCAGGAGAAGAUAAUCUUACAGAAGGAGGUGGAGGAGUGCCACUUCCAGAAUGCUGUGCUGCGACACAAGCUCUGCUUCCUGACUAACACCUGGAAAGAACUUGAAAACCUUAUGGCUGGAGUUAAAAUGGCCUGUCCGUCUGAGUUCUGUGCAAGUUCUGCAUCCUUGUCCAAUGACCAGAAGAGCAGCAUGACUGAUGAUAGCUCGUCUGACUAUAUUGCAGAUUGUCAUCUUUCGAGUGCGCCAUGGAUGCCAAUGAGGGUGCCCAUUUCCAAGCGGCGUGAUGCAGGACAGCAAGGUGGCGGCUCCGCAGUGGUACCAACAUCCUCAUUAGAUCUUCAGAGAUCUGCUUCUAAUGAGCCUCUGGAAGUUGUGCCUGUUGCCUCCAAGGACACUUUGCCACCACAGCCUGGAGAAGCCUCAGUUCCACCAGGAAGAGAAUGGGAAGAGGCCAACUGA